AUGGCCGCCGGAACGUCGAACGAAGAUGCCUUCAUCGUGGUCGUUCACUCGGCUCCCCACCACUUCCGCUUGCGGGCCACCAUCCGGGAGACGUGGGCCAGAGACGCCAGGUUCCCGCUGUCCGACGGACGCCGGGCCGUGGUCGUGUUUGUGAUGGGGAAGCCCGCCGUGUCGCCCAACUAUUACGAGUUUCAAAUCAAAAUUGCCAGCGAAGCCGCUGUCCACAAGGACAUUGUUCAGGGUACGUUUACUGGGUCCUACACCUCAGUCACGCUCCUCAACAUCCUGAUGCUCAAGUGGGCUUCGCUGUCGUGUCCUCAAGCCAGCUAUCUGGUGAAGGUGGCGGACGACACAUUCGUCAACAUGAAGUACAUGAGAGACGUUUUUCAGGAUGUAGUGUUCAAAACUUCAGUCAUUUACGCUCACGUGUACAGAAAGCCGUCCGUCUGGAACGGACACAAGCUAAACGUCAUCAAGGAAACAAUUUGCGUGAGUUGUGGCUAUGCAGUAAGCAUGGACGUUGUCCCAAGACUGUUCAGCUUGUCCAUCCACGGCUCGUUGAGCAGCAUGGAGGGCCUGUUUUGGAACGCUUCGCAAGACCGGAUGUCUCCGGUCAGUGUCAUCAAUAUGCGGGGGUUUUCGUCAUUACGCGGUGGCAAAGCGACAGGCUGCGACAUGAGGAAGGCCAUCACUAGUCACCAGCUUGAAGUGGAGGACAUGCUCAGGUUAUGGAAGGAUCUUCAGAACAAGACAGAACAUUGCAAUGUGUCGCAAUCCCCGUUCAAUCUAAUCUGA